UGUGAAGAAAAGAUUAAAGGAUAACCAUGUACUAACUAUAUUAGAUAUACAUAUUUUCUAGUCAUGGAAUAUAUUACAUCCCAGUCAAUUAAAACUGUUUUUAUUAAAGGUAUAUAUUUUAUAUUCGUCUGUUUUAUGCAACCAGUUGUAACAGGUUGUGGUGCCUUUCUAGGAGCGUCGACUUCUAUUACGAAUAACCUAGCGUCCCCUGGUGCUUAUCCCAACAAUACUCGAUGUAUCUGGUUAAUAGAGGCUCCAGCAGAACAUCGAGUCCAGAUUAGUAUAACAUUUAAAGGAGAAAAUGCCAACUCACAGUGUUCAGAUUAUAUAGAGGUACGAGAUGGGAGUAUUUUAUCAACAUUAUUAUUAUCAACUUGCUCAUCAACAACAUCUCUUAUUAAAAUAUCAACAGCUAGAUGGUUAUGGCUGUUUUUUAAAAGUGAUUAUUAUGGAGCAAAUUCUGGUUUGACAGCAUCAUAUUCUGCUGUUUAUGCAGGUGCCAGUAUAAAUAAUAUCAGUUCACCUGUAGCAAAAUGUAGAAGUCAUGAGUUUGAUUGUUCUAAUAAAGAAUGUAUAUCUAUGUCCUAUAAAUGCGAUGACUAUAAUGACUGUGGUUGUACUUCCGGUUGUGAUGAAGAUGACUGUAAAGGAUUAGACAUGACUCUUGGUGUUAUGUAUGCUAUAGGAAGCUGUGUUGCUUUAAUUGUGUUUUUGACAAUUUGUAUGGGUGUAUACGUAUUUGAAAGGAAAUUCCAUUGGGCACAUAUAAAAAAACUGGAAAGCUCGGCAAAACUUCAAAAUGGCAGAGGAAAGUGAGCAAUGCUAGUUCCACCUGGCAUUGAUUAUGCAUUUAUUUCAAGGACAAUACUCGUUUUUUGUUUUUAUAUAUAUGGAGUGAAUAAAAACUUCAAAAUGAAAA